UCAAAUUGUCACCUCCAAAACAGUUUGCAUAAAAUAAACAGUAAACCGAUUGCACCACUAAACUAGAAAUUAUGCCCAUUUUGCUCGAGAUUUGUGUCGAUACGUUCGAAUCGGCCGUGGCAGCGAUCGAGGGUGGUGCCGACAGGAUAGAGCUGUGUGCCGCCCUCAGUGAAGGAGGAUUAACACCAACGGUCGGAUUGCUGCGACAAAUCAAGCUCUACCAAACCCAGUGCGGUGCGCUGGACGAGUAUGGCCACCGAAAGAAUGUCCCUGUGUUUUGCAUGAUACGGUGCCGCAGUGGCAGUGAUUUCUGUUACUCCGAGCAGGAAAUGAAUGUAAUGGUAUGGGAUUUGCAAGCACUGAAAGAAAACGGUGCCGACGGGAUCGUGUUUGGUGCGCUGGAACCAUCCGGACGGGUACACCGGGAGCAUUGCGAACGAAUAGCCAAAGCGGCGGAAAAGCUUCCACUAACCUUUCACCGCGCAAUCGACUGUACGGAUGAAACGGAACUGGAGGAGAAUCUGAAGCUUGUGGCGCAGCUAGGAUACUCGACCGUUCUUACGAGUGGUUUAAAGCCGACGGCUGAGCAAGGAGUAGAAACAAUCAUGCGCAUGAAGACUAUAGCCACGACUAUCGAACAGGCUACUGGCAAACGCCUUCGACUAAUGCCUGGUUCUGGGAUAUCACCCCAAAACGCGUUACACAUUUUGCAACGUACCGGAUGCGAUGCAAUACACGGAUCUGCAAGCAUUUUAAAACCGAUGGACAAUGACACCCGAUCGACAACAUUGCCGAUGGGAGCUAGUAAUGUUGAUGCUUUGCCCCUGAAAGUGUGCAGCAAAGCCAAGGUGCAAGAACUGCGCCGAUUGAUUGAUAGUAUUAAAUUGUAAUGUAGGGAAAUAAAGAAGCAUUCCUAUUUUUUUCUCUGGUAUACUUUUGGGCCUUGCACGAAAAUGCCCCUUACAAAGUCUUUUUGCAGAUGAGGUGACUACGAUGUCUCUUUUAUGAUGAGGCUCUAUGCAUUGCCUGUUCAAUCUGCCGCGGUAAAUGCUAGGUUUUUCGGUUGUUUCAAUACACGAAAUAUACUACGGUAUAGUUCCACUAACCGAGAGUUAGGAGGUGGUCGACUAAAUUGUAAUUUUCUCAUAUUAAAAAAAAAAACAAAUGCUCUGACCAUUGGAUUGUACAUCCCAUACCGUGGCGUGUUGUGUAUUUAUUCACGAAUGUUUUACAUGCACAUCAUAAUUCACUUCCAAUGCAGAAUUUAAGGACUCGACAUUUACCGACGCUAGCACACACUGGAUAGACGAUAGAGGAUGCUGUCCUCGGCAAACCCCUAAACACUACCAAGAGCACUCUCCUGCGGUUCGUGUGGAAAAGUUUGUUUCUCUCCCUCAAACAAGCUGUUAUCCGGGACUUUUGCUGAUACGUUCUGCCUGUGUGUGAAAUAAUCUUUAAAGUUGUUGUUUCUAUUUGAAUAAUGCUGAUCUUCUCUACCAUGAUCAUGUUGCACAGUAAAUCAUGUUGAAUUGAAUAUCUGCCCUUUGUUCCAUGCUACCAGCCCCCUUUUGAUAAUCUGUUUGGGAUUUGCUAUUCAUUUUGCCGGUUGUUUGCUGUUAUGUUACGGCAAAAUGCACGAAAGUUCGAGCCUCGCCUUGUGUUCAUGUUUCUCCUAGUGAUUAAACGGUUUACGCAUUAACUAAGUUUCGUUACUCGCCGUUUACAACAAUAUCUAUUCAUACCUAUAAUUAUGUGUGUGUGUGUAUAUAUAUACUUUCUGUUAUUUCUGUUUUUUUUUGCUUCAUUUUUUGUUUGCUCCUAUUUGUUCCAUUAUAUUAAGGUCUACUUCUUUCCAAUAUACAUAUAUUUUGUUUUUAUUUCUUAAUAACGUCCCAUGCUCUAGCCCUGAUACGGUGAAUGACGAUGUGCGCUUUUAGCUUGUACCAACUCCUUCUACCGAACCAUGCUGUUCUGGCCGUUGUUGGAGUAAGUAAGGGCAACACGCUAAUGCGAAGAACAAACGUUGUUUGCUAAAAUGUUCGAUUUUAUCAAUGAAAAACAACGAUCAAAUCUGAAGACACAACACUCGUAUAUAUUUUUCUCUCCAACCAACAGACCGACUCACUAUGAUCUUAAUUGUACAGAUAGACACACACACACACACGUUUCGACUCCCAGCCCCAUCGUACUCCCCCUUAUUCGAUCGUACAGAGACAUACACCACACCGAUUUCCUUACCAUUGCUUCGAACUAGCAGCAAAUCGAAAUUUGAUGUUAGCGAAGCAAGAUGCUGUUGGUACGGAUUCGAGUGUAAAUGCAUCGAAUCGGACGGACGAAUGUAAGUAUUGAUUGAUGAUGUUUUCUUUUUGUUCUAGGGGUGGUGAGCUUUAACGCAUACAAAUUUACUUUUACACACGGUUAGACACAAUCCC